AUGUGCAUCGAACAGUAUCAGUACGAGAACAACGUCAACAUGACUGCUGAGAAACAACAAAAGAAAGUCAGCUACAGCAUUAAGCGCUUGCUGAAGCAACUUUUCAAACUACAUAAAUCACAACAACUAAAACAAGACAAUCAGCAGCAACAACAACAAGAACUCAUUGAAAAUUUCGAAAAUACCAAGAAAGCCAACUCUUUGGAAUCACUUGAAUCCUUGGAGAAUUCACGUAACGCCGAUUUGGAGUCUGAAGCUGAGUGCAUUUCUCUUGAAUCCAGCGAGAAUGUUGCCAACGAGCGUUUGGCCGCCUCUUUUGAGUUGGAAGAUUACGAAUUUGCCGAUAUCACCAGCGUGCCAGUACAUUUUCUACGCACUGCUCAUGGCACUUUCUUCUGGACCGCCAACACCGACUUACCAGCUGAUAACGAUCUUAUCGAUCCAUUAUAUUGCAACACCAACAAUCAGAUCGCCACCACACAGAUGCGAGAUCGUUGGGCACAAGCUUGA